AUCGCGAUCCCCCUCUGACCUUAUUCAAACAUUCACAGUCGGUAUUGGUUCUAUUCAGAUCAAAUUGCAUAGGCUUUUAUUUAGCCUUCUCCAUACAGCCAAUCAUAUCACAACAUCAUCAAGAUUUCUACCAAAACACCACCGCGACGCCAUCUAAUUCCCGUCACGAUGGCAGAGGCAACUCCCACUGACACUCCUACUCUAUCCGCCAUUCCAUCUGCCAUCGCCUCAGCUACAGCCUCCGCUGCAGCAACUCCUCAGUCCUUGCCCCCCAUGGAUCCCGAAGAGCGCGCCAACUCCCUUCACGUGUCGCUAGCCGACCUCACUGCCAAGGCCAAUGCUCUUUACGCGCAAAAGAAGUUUGAAGAAGCUGCCGAGAUUUUCUCCCAGGCGACCGAGAUGCAAGCCGAGAUCAAUGGCGAGAUGGCCCCUGAAAACGCCGACGUUCUGUUCCUCUAUGGCCGAAGUCUUUUCAAGGUCGGCCAAAGCAAGAGCGAUGUUCUAGGUGGAAAGGCUGCUGGUGAAAGCAAGUCCGAUGGUGCUGCUGGAAAGAAGCCCAAGACAAAGAAACCACAAGCGGAACAGUCGACUGCGAACACGGCAGAGAAAACGGCGGAGAAAGUUACCGAAGGGGUAGCCAAUGCCGCGGCAAAGAGUGCGACAGAAGCCGAGAAAGUGCCCGAUGCGAAGAAACCGCUAUUCUCAUUCACAGGCGACGAGACCUUCGAGGACUCAGAUGAGGAAGAGGAGGCUGAGGGAGAGGAAGACGAAGACGAAGACGAAGACGAAGAUGAUCUUGCAGUGGCAUUCGAGGUAUUAGAUCUGGCACGUCUGCUUUUCGAGAAAUCCCUAGAGCGAGAAGACCAAGACUCGUCGGAGGGCAAAGGAAAGGAGAAAGCCGAAGGCGACAGUCCUGCCGUAAAGCACAUUAAAGAGCGACUCGCCGACACACACGAUCUCCUUGCGGAAAUCUCCCUUGAGAAUGAGAAGUAUCCUCUAGCAAUUAAUGACUGUCGCGCCUCUCUCAAAUACAAGGAAGAACUAUACGGCGAGGAGUCUGAGGUGAUCGCCGAGGCCCAUUUCAAAUUAUCGUUGGCUCUUGAAUUCGCGUCCGUCACUACGACUGAAGAAGAUACUGCCGGCGCGAAUGCGAAACCUGUUGACGAAGAGCUACGAAAUGAAGCUGCCACCGAACUGGAGAAAGCUAUCAAGAGCACGAAGCUUAAGCUCGACGCGAAAGAGGUUGAUCUCGCGAUGCUGCACGCCCCCGAAGAUAAUGAAGCAACAAGGAAGCAGAUCGCCGAGGUCAAGGACCUGAUCGCGGACAUGGAGCAGCGGCUUGUCGACCUCCGUAAACCGCCUAUGGACGUUAACUCCGUUCUCGCAUCCGACGAUACUAUGCUAGGUGUACUAGGCGCGGCCCUCGGCGAGUCGACCGAAAACAAGGAAGCAAGGAUCGAGGAGGCGAAGAAGAACGCUAAGGAUGUAUCCGGUUUAGUGCGCAAGAAGACGAAGGAGGAAUCGAAGCAAGAGACGAACGGCAACGGCAAACGCAAGGCUGACGAUGCCGCGCUAGGCGAUGAUGAGGUGAAGAAGGCCAAAGUUGAGGAGCCCGCGCAGUCUUAACUCAAACCACGCCAUAUCACCAAUAAUGGCUUUUGCAUAGGCAAUACGCAGCGGUUAGGUUUGUGAAUCAGGGUGUGCUCAUUAUCUAGGUGCUUUAAGUC